AUGGUGACAUUAGCUAAAAAAUCUCCUGAGCAACGACUAAAUAUAUGUCGUAAAUAUUAUUUAGCUGGUUUUCUUUUUUUACCAUUUCUAUGGCUUAUUAAUGCCAUAUGGUUUUAUAAACAAGCAUUUAAAGUUGAACCUUAUCCUCAACAAACACAAAUACGUAAAUAUGUUAUUCGAAGUGCAAUUGGUACAGUUAUUUGGUUAAUUAUUAUUAUUGCAUGGAAUAUAACAUUUCAAUUAUUACGUACAAAAAUAGGUCCUAUUGGAGAUUUUCUAACAUUUGUUAUUCCACGUGGAUAUUAUUAA